AUGCAAGGUGACUCAGAGGGAGUAGAGGUGAACAGGAGUUUGACUACCAGGGAAUUGAAAUUGCAACUGCUGAAGUUUUACUUGACUAGGUCACAACAUAGGAUGGUAGAUAAAGAAAGCAAGAACAGAACUGAUAGACAAUUCCAUGUAAGGAACUGGGUUUACUUGAAGAUACAACCCUAUAGGCAACUAUACCUAUCAAGCAGGCAUUUCAACAAACUCUCUUCCAAAUACUAUGGGCCCUAUCAAAUUCUCGAAAGGAUUGGUAAUGUUGCUUACAAGCUAGCUUACAAGCUAGCUUUGUCUCACCAAUUACCUAUACAUCCUACCUUUCAUGUUUCCCUCCUUAAAAUCUACUAUGAAGUUCCAACCUCCAUAAAUCACCCUCCAGUUCUAGACUUGUCCAACCCCUACUGUACAUAUCCUGCAAAGAUCCUAGAGCGUAGGAUAGUACAAAAGGGUAACAAAGCAGCUGUUCAGUUUUUAACUCAAUGGGAGCAUUUACCUGAAGACCAAGCAACACGGGAAGAUUCCAAUGCAUUGAAAACAGGUGAUGCUUUGAAUUCUCUGAAGACCAAUUUGGCUGAUCCUAUUAGUGUACUACAGAGAUGGGAUCCAACACUUGUUAAUCCUUGUACUUGGUUCCAUGUGAUAUGCAACCUUGAAAAUAGUGUGACUAGAGUUGACCUUGGAAAUGCAAAUCUAUCAGGUCAACUAGUUCCACAGCUUGGCCAACUCCAGAAAUUGCAGUACUUUUUUCUUUGUAAUCGUGUUAAUCCAUAUUCAUGA